AUGCCUCAUCCACCUAUCAUUAUACCUCCCAUCACCAAAACGUGUCCGACAUGCCACCAGACUAAACCCGAGGACCAGUUCCGUAGAGUGGGUACGAAUACGGCUGUUAAGAACUGUCUUGCUUGUCGGGAUCGCUAUCGACCGGGUCGAAAGAGGCUAUCCGAGGAGUCUGUGGUUGUUUUUGAUAGUACACCUCUGCCGACGAAUAGCAAUACUUCAACUAAUUCCUAUCAACCUAUUACUCCUCGUCCUACUCAGCCCGUCCCUCAUGGGGGAGAACAGGAACACAGAACCCAGAACGUCUUCCGUGUCGAGCCUCCCAAGCGCAAGAAGGAGAACAGAAAGAAAAAAGACAAUCAUGAGGAAGAACCCCAGCUCGUGGAAAUCGGCUCAAUGGUUCUUGGGCCUAUGGGUCCUUCGUUCGCACUUUUACCUAGUCUUCAGUCGAACUCUCGUUCUCAGUCAAACUCCAGUUCUCGAGAGAACCGCUCAGGGACUCGAGAGCAGAGUAUUAGAACUGUCGAGUCUACUGGCCCUGAACCUCAGCCCCGGGCUUCUUCUCGUCCUCAGACAGGCCACGGCACUAAGGUUCAGGGGUAUCGGAAUAAGACUGUUGAUUUGACUGGACCUGAGAGUCAGUCCUGGGCUUCCUCUCGGUCUGUGCCGCCGCAUCCUCCGACAAGUGAUGGGGGUUUGGAUGUGCGCUCAAUGGUACUUGGACCUAUGGGUCCUUCCAUCGCUGUUUUGCCUAGUGUUCAGUCAAAGCCUCGUUCUCAGAGAAUUAGCGCUGAGACUCGGGAGCAACGGGUGAGGACUGUCGAUCUUACUACUGGACCUGAGCCUCAGUCCCGAAAUUCUUCUUCUCGGCCUCUGCCUCUGCGUCCUCAGAUAGAGCAGACACGGGAGCGCCAUACUAGUACUGUCGAUCUUACUGAACCUGAGCCUCAGUCGCGAUCUUCUUCGCGGCCUAUGCCGUCACGUCCUCGGAUAGAGCACGACGCUAAGACUCGGGAGCGCCUCAGAAACGUCAAUCCUACUGAACCUGGACCUCAGUCCCAGGGCUCUUCUACUCAGUCUCUAUUCCUGCGUCCUCAAGAGCACAGCUCAGGGUCUCGAGAGCAAUGGGUUAAAACUGUUAUUUCUACUGAACCGCAGUUCCGAGAUUCCUCUUCCCAGUCUAUGCCGCCGCGUCCUCAGACAGAGCACGGCGCUGAGAGGGAGCGACAGGUUAGAACUAUCAAUUCUACUGAACCUGAACCUCAGCCCCGGGAUGCUUCGUCUCAGCCUCCGCCGCUGCGUCCUCCGACAAAUGAGGGGGAUUUGGAGAAGUAUGUUUCUAAAUGCUGGGACGUUGGCUGUACAUCCUGUCGUUCAUACUCCUUGCGCCAUUAA